UGAAGAAACACGAGGGUGGGGCUAGUACUUUUCCCACUCUGUCAUGCCAGCUUUUUAAGGUUGCCUCAUCCCUCCAAUGAGGCGACUUGUAGAGACGGUGCACCAGCAGCAAGGAGCUACUUCUGACAGCUUCAUCUGGAACCCUAAAGUAACCCCCCUAUAGACAGAAUGGAAGACCCAUGGCAAAGUGCGUACGACAUUGCUGUUAAAGUGGCAAGAGAAGCUGGAGCGGUGAUUAGGAAAGCUGGAGAGAGCGAGAUAAGAGUCUGCACGAAGAGCACAACUGUAGACCUCGUCACUCAGACUGACGAGAGGGUGGAGAAAAUCAUCAUCGGGGCUCUUAAAAAGGAGUUUGGAGAAGGCACGCACAAAUUCAUUGGAGAGGAGUCGGUCGCAAAGGGGCAGCCAUGCAUCUUAACGGAUGCGCCAACGUGGAUCAUCGACCCCGUGGACGGCACCACAAACUUCGUGCAUGGAUUCCCCUUUGUGGCUGUGUCCAUUGCGUUUGCUGUCAAUAAGGAGUUGGAGUUUGGCGUGAUCUACAGCUGCUUGGAAGACAAAAUGUACAAAGCGAGGAGGGGACAGGGAGCUUACUGUGACGAUGAAAAAAUCACCGUGUCAGAUGUAGCAGAAAUCAAAAAGUCCAUCAUCAUCUCUGAACAUGGAACCGACAGGAGCCCAGAGAAAGUAAAAAAGAUCUUCUCCACCAUGCAGAGGAUCCUCUGCAUCCCAGUGCAUGGGCUCCGUGGGUCAGGAACUGCUGCCACUAACAUGUGUUUGGUGGCGUGUGGGGCGGUGGAGGCCUUCUUUGAGAUUGGGAUCCACUGCUGGGACAUCGCUGCAGGAGCAGUUAUAGUGAAAGAAGCUGGAGGAGUACUCCUGGAUGUUGAUGGCGGACCGUUUGACUUGAUGUCUCGGAGGAUGGUUUCAGCGAACAACGAGACGAUCGCUAAGAGGAUCAUCAAGGAAAUUGAAGUGUUCGAUGCAGAGAGGGACGACGCCGUGGUUCAGAAGUCAAAUUAAAAAGUGAGGACGAGCGGAAAACUCCACUAUGUUGUUGUGUGUUAAUAAUAAAGUUUAUGUG